GUUUUAGUCUUAGUUCAUCUUGUUUCGUAUUCGACGUCUCGUCUGCUCGCAGUUUUGAUCAUCAACAUUUGAAGACUUCAGGAUUAUGGUCUGUCCAGCUCUUCUGCUUCAGUCCUUCAUCUGGUUCUCUCUGAUGGCAACAGGUGUGCAGUAUGAGGUUUCUCAUAUCAUCAGCAGUAUGUGUGCAGUUCGGCAGUCGACAGCACUCAUUCCCUGUCGAUAUGAUGUCUAUCAUCGAAUCGGGAACCAGGUGAGCUCCGCCGAGUGGCUCCAUGAGAAAGCAGCGAAGCCAAAGGUCAGGGUCUCUCAGGACCCAGCGUUUGCAGGCCGUGUGGAGUUUAUGACGGACUCUGGAAACUGUUCACUGGUGCUGAGGGAUGUGGGAGUCAGUGAUGCAGGAAUCUUCAGUUUUAUGCUCAUGGAUGAUUCUGGACGCAACUGGACAAACACACAGGGAGUCCAUUUAGAAGUAACAGAUGCGGAGGUGGAGGUACAGACCCAGUCUGAUGUUGUGAUGGAGGGAGACUGGAUUUUCUUUAGCUGCGGUUCAUGCAUCCCCUCCAUGACUGUACCAACCUACACCUGGAGGAAAGACGGACAUCUGCACAGUCAGUACUAUGGGAACAACAUGCUUGAUCUGGAGUCUGUCAGGCUGGAGGACGGCGGACUGUAUUUGUGCAUCAUUAGCGGUCACGAGGAACUCAACUCCACACAUGUUAACAUCACCGUUAGACCUGGAGGUCCUCCAAAGAGCGUCUCAGUGUCUGUCAGUGGAUCUGCUGUAACAGUGUCUGGAGAUUCAGUGACUCUGAGCUGCAGCAGCGACUCAAACCCUCCUGCUGUCAAAUAUAUCUGGUUUAAAGAGACUCAAAGCUCAGCUGUUGGAUCUGGACAGAGUUUUAGUACACUAGAUAGUGGACGCUACUACUGUGAGGCUGAGAAUAAAUACGGCUCUCAGAGAUCUGAGUCUGUUUCAGUCACUGAUAAAGGUGAAGAAAGCAGCUCAUCUUGGAUCAUGGUGACAGCAGGAAUUGCUGCAGCUGCUUUUGUGACAUCUGUGAUCCUGAUAGUUUUAAUUCGGCUGUUGAUCAGAAGGAAGCGAGUGACUCCAUCAGAAGAGAAAAAACACAGAGAACGCUGUAAAACGGUGGAGUCUCCUGAAGACCCCUACAUGAGCCUUGACCCCAAAUCCAGAUGCUCAGAAUAUGACACACUGGACAAUAUAAAGAGAUCCUGUGAAAACACGGACAGCCCUGAAGAUGAGGAUUCUGCAUAUUAUAAUAUUAAGGAAUGAUUUAUUCAUGUUUUAUAUGUACUUACAUUCUCAGUCAAAUUCAUUGUAACAUUACUAAGAUUUCAACACUCUUACAGAAUUAAUUAUUUGAUCCACAAGCUAUGCUAACUCUGUACAGUUUUUUUCAUAUAACAUAGCGAACUCCUGGUGCAAAGAAUCAACAGAAAAACUAAUAUCACAAUCUUUAGUGAUGAGCAAAAACAGCUUAAUGAAAUACUCUAGAGAAACAGCACUUGUCCAUUAUGAUUACAAUGUGUGUGCGUGUUUGUAUGUGUGUUCUGCAAUUUACACCCCAUGUCCACAAGACAUAAGACUUUCAGGAGAGCUUUGUUUACAGAAGUCUGAAACAAGUCAUAAAUUAUUCAAAAUAAAAGGAGUUAUUUGUAUGGGC